AUGAACGGAGACAGCAAAGACAGUGUGAAGCGGGCGAUCACGGAGGCAGCUGUCGAGAACUUUGAGUUGCUGCUCGAGUCUAGAGAGUCGAACAAACGCAUAGACGCCGUAGCUUCUGAGGCAAUACGGAAAUCCAACUUAUUACGAGAAACCUUAGCUAAGCUCCAGUUUCAUAGCCAAAGGAUGUCGGAUGUCGGCGCGUCUUGGCGUGGAGAGAAGCAAAUCCUUACGAAUGCCAUGUCAAAUUAUCCGCAAUUACUAGCGAUAGCAGAGGCGCCAUCGCUGCUACGGGAUUGCAUCUACCACGGCAUGUAUCACCAGGCUUUGUUGCUGAUCGAGCAUAUGUCGAGAAUCACCCCGCGCGAUGCGAGGGCAGAGAAUCCCUUCACGCGCAUUCAGCUCGAGCUUUGGCAUAACCUAGACGUGUGCUUUGACGAGGUGGUGCUGCCGCGGCUAUCGGAGGCCCUCACGGUGGAUGUUACCUUCAAGCUGAUCACGUUUUUACGCCGAUUGGGCAUCGAUAAGUCUCGGGUUUCCGAUCUCUUCCUCGAGAGGCGGACGAUCUACCUGGAUCGGCUCAUGCAGGAGGCCGAGCAGAGUCCCCUCCCCUACACACGCGUGAUCAAGUUGAUUAAGAUCUAUCAAAACCAAACCAGCGAGGUACUCACGCAGUACGGGGUGUGUUUUCUACCCUCCCCAGAGAGGCAAGCGGAGGAAGGGGAAAGAAGGGAGGCGGAAGACGAGGAAGACGCCGACGACGCGGAAGGAUGGGGGGAGGGGAUUCAGCGGUGGUGCUACACCCGCGCGGAGCGUUUUCUCGCGGCCUUUGAGCGCGCUGUGGAACUGCUCACGAACGGCUCGGAGCUCGCGUUGGUGGCAGAGCAGUGCGCGGCCUGCACGGCGAGUGUCGUGGGGCUGCGGCUGGACGUCUCCCCUGCCCUCCACGCGAUCCUUCGCCGCCGCGUUCGGGGGCUUUUCGCCGCGCAGAUGACGCUCGCGGCGGGGGCGUACACCCGUAGCAUGCGGGGGGUUUCCUGGCGUCGAUCCACCACCCUUCGCGGGUCCGGGCGGGCCGUGGAAGGCGCGAUUUCGGAAACGGCGAUGGGGACCUCCCCGCCGGUGAUUCUCGCGCGUUGCCUGCCCCUCGCCUGCGCGGUGAAUGGGAUGCUCACGGCGUUUAACCUCUGCCGACGGGUGGUCCUCGCGGGGGUGCCCUCGCAGGCGGCGGAGCACCUCGUCGGGUUGCUUCGCCGGAUCGCGGCGGAUCUCACGCGGGAGGCGGCGGUGGUGGAAACCCUUCCCGCCCUCGAGCAGGGCGGCUACGACGACUUCGUGCGCGUCUUCGUUGGGGUCCUUUUUCCCUAUGUCAUGGAGUGUACGGAGCGGCUUUUUGGGGUGGAUGCGCGGCGGUGGGUGGAGGGGGGGAUGGCGAAGGAGAUUGAGGAGCUCACACGGCGGCUACCUGCGGAGGGAGGAAAGGGGGAGGCUGGGGAGCCCGUCCAGACCCUUGCCGCCGCCCCCUCUUUGUCGGUUUCUUGA